AUGCAUGUGCAUGCUAGUCCAGUUUCUAACGACCUUAAAAGAUCUGAUAACUCAUCUGUUGCAACGGUAGGAGAUAGAUCUGCGUCUGACAUCGGAGGUCCCACUUUCGACUCGGAAAAGAAACCUCUUCGGACUUCACCGACAUCUGGACGGAAGCGCUCUGCUCCUACCGCACAUGAGUUCACUGGCUACAAGGGCCAGGCUCUAUCUCACGCAGAAGUGGCUGAUCCCGGCUACUCGAGAAGGCCUAUCUCACAGGAAGAGCUUGCUUCUGAAGCAAAGUCGAUUUACGCUGGCUUAAUGAUGAUUGAGGCUAAGUGUAUGCAUGUUGACCGUGCUCGAGCUGCUGCCAUCGCUGAGGAGGGUGAAGCUAGGACUAAUCUUGCUUCCGAUCAUUGGCAGGCUCUGAUUGCACUCCACCGUACUCUGUUACAUGAGCACCACGAUUUCUUUCUAGCCAGUCAACACCCCUCCUCGUCGCCGGCGUUACGUCGUCUUGCGGCUAAGUACUCAAUGCCGGCGCGUAUGUGGAUGCAUGGCAUCUACUCAUUCUUGAAAUUACUUCAAAAACAUCUGCCUGAGAGCAUAGAUCAUAUGCUGGCUUUCAUCUACCUUGCAUAUCAGAUGGUAGCACUGUUAUAUGAGACGGUUCCCGCAUUCGAGGAUACGUGGAUUGAAUGCCUUGGGGACCUUGGGCGUUUUCGUAUGGCUAUCGAGGACGAGGAUGUCCGUGAUCGCGAGACUUGGGCCGGAGUAGCACGCUCCUGGUACAUCAAGGCUGCCGACAAGAACCCCACUGUAGGGCGGUUGUACCAUCAUCUGGCCAUUCUUGCACGACCACAUGUGUUGCUCCAGAUGUACUACUACUCCCGGUCUUUGGCUUCUGUCAAGCCCUUUGAGAACGCUCGUGAGUCGAUCAAGGCACUUCUGGAUCCGCUCGUCCAAGAGUCGCAGCACACUGCCCUGGAUGAUUUUUCGAACGAGAAGGUCUUUGUCUUGGCGCAUGCCUCCCAGUUUGACGAUAGUUCCAUCGAGGAAGACUCAUUUGGCAUCAACAAGCCUACUGCCAAGUUUUCAGCAUACAAGACAGGAUUCUUGGAGAAGUUGGACACAUACAUCGGUCGUGUCACUGCAAAGUGGAAGGACCAGGGGGUCUACGUCGCCGUGGCCAACAUCGCGGGAUGGUUCGAUUACGGAAAGGACAAAAACCUCAUUCGACACGCCUUUCUCCAACAGCUGUACCCACCACCGCCUCCAGAAUCUUCGAAUGAGAAUGACGUCAAUGCUAGAGACAACCAAAAAACCGCCCCUCCAUCAGACCAACAGGAACCGGAAAAAGAAAAGGAUGACGAAGAUAAAAUUCCAUUAACGCCCGAGGAGUGGGAAAAAGCCCAAGAGAGCAUUAAAAACAACUGCCACCUCAACAACGCCAGGCUCCUCACCUACGAGACGUCUGUCCUCGUUUUCCGCCGCCUCGGUGACGAGAACGUCCUUCCUCACGUACACGUUAUGCUCGCAUUCCUUUUCAACGUUGCUUCUAGUAAACACGUUUCUUCUCUCAUUGCCGACGCUCCCUGGGCCGCACUCGUUGCUUUCCUGAAUGCGCUCAUCAAGACUAAGACAACACAUAACCUCCCUCAUUCGUCGUUUUCAGCCCACCGGAUUGUUCGCUGCGUAGGGAGAGACAUUAGUCAGUCAGUCGGAAAAGAAGAUGUUGAUACAUUGCUUGCUACUGACGUAUUUCCUGGUGAGGGCGAGAGGGUCGAUGAGCUGCCGCUGCCAGAGGAUUACCACAUCCGAGGCCAGAUCUGGGCACAGCAUUUUCCUGAGAAGUGGUUCGAGAGGGAGCAUGAUCCAGAGCAGCGGUAUCUAGAACUUCCAAGUACGCAACUCGAAGAAGUUAAAUUGGCAAGAGCCCACAACGAACGCGCUCACGGUCAGCCUAGGUCGAGAAGGGCAUCUUUAACGCAUUCGAUUUCCAAAUCAGAUCUUGCGGCAACUUUCAAGGCGAUUGUCGAGAAAGCGCGGUCGGAGCUUGCAAAACUCGGAGAGCUGGAGACAAACGAACAGGAGACACAAGCGCAGGAGACACAGGAACAGGAGACACAGGAACAGGAGACACAGGAGCCGGAACUCUUAGCACUAUCCAGCCAUGGGCAGGUCGGCGACCAGAUUCCCGCAGAAUGGCGUAGAAUAGAGAGCUCGAAUCUGCGCUUCCCAUGCUCGCAUUCGCAGCUUGGGAAGAACAUGGUUGCGACUAUCCAACAGGCGCGAGAGAAACUAAAUCGCCACAAUGUCAACGAGCGCGGAUAUCUAAUACUGGAAGUGCAGAAGUGCUGGGAUGUCUCGGAACUUACGCAACUCCUACGCGCUGCUGAGGCAUUGGAUCGAGAUGAGAUAAAAGGGUUUACACUUACUCAAGGAGACGCCGACUGUCUACACGCACACGUAGCCCCAGAUAUUUCGCUAGACCUCUGCGAUAUAGAAGGGUUCAACGAAGCCUGUGUAUCUCAUCAGCCAAAGGAAGAGUUUGAGGAGUGGAUAGCAAGACCCCCCGACCGCGUUCAAUAA